AUGGCUUUUUUGAGUCAAAUCCAGGGAGGUUUUGCUCAAUUAAAACAGAAAGCAGAGGCUGCUGCUCCGUCAAUUGCUGGAUCAUUAAACCAGUUGAAAGAGGCUCCGAAAUUCAUGGAAAGUGCAUUCAAGACCGGACUCAACAAAGUCAAAUUGGACUCAUUGGGAAAAGUUUUGAAUGUUCCAUCGUUGGGAAGAAGUCAAUCGCCGAUUGAUAUUGUUCCAGUAAUCACUGCUUUCGGAGAACAUCUUCAGAAUGCACACUUUGAAGUGACAUACGAAUCGACUGGAGAAUUCAAAGCAGUAAACGACGGGAAUUCAGUCUGGUUAUUGAGAGAAGGAAACAGCAGUGAACUGGCUAUUUCCUUCCUCCCAGAAGAACAAUAUCAUUUGGAUUCUGUCAAUUUCCACUGGGCAACUGAACCAAUGAAUGGAUCAGAGCACACUAUCGGAGGUGUCGGAUAUGCCGGAGAGAUGCAUCUCAUUCAUCGAAACACUCGUUUCGCCACCAUGGCUGAUGCUCUCAAACAGCCAAAUGGUGUCAUUGCAAUUGCUGUUUUCUUGAAUGAAUCUCAUGAUGACAACGCAACAUUCUCUCCAUUCAUCAAUCUGCUUCCACAGAUUAUUUACAAGGGAAGUGAGUGCAAACUGUGCUCAUUCGACUUCCAGUCGUUCUUCCCUAUCGCCGAGAAGACCAAAGAAUUCUGGAUGUAUGAGGGAUCGGAGACAACUGAUCCAUUCCGUGAGACUGUUAACUGGAUUGUUAUUCGAGCUGCUCUUCCUAUCAGCUCUCAUCAACUCGAUAAACUCCGUGAGGUUCGUGCUGGUCGUUACGACGAGGAGUUCUCUGACAAGGUUCCAAUGAAACCACUUCGUCAAAUUCAGGCGGCCUCAUCUCGUACAAUCCAAAGCAGCUUUCGUUCAGUUGCCGGCGCUCCAGACCUCGGAUUCAGACAAUGA